AUGGACUUCGCCUCCCUAAUGGCCAAGGAAAUCUCCAAGGCCAAACCCAGCGAUCCAAAAGAGAAACCCGAAACCAACAACAAAUACCAACGCCGCGCAGACAUCGAAGCAGCGCGCAUAGCAGCCUACAACGCGGAGCAAGAGCGUCUCCAACGCGAACGCGAAGAAAAAGCCGCUCUAAAACGCAAACACGAAGAAGAAGAGGUCGAGCGGAGACGAGAACGAGACGAAAAGAAACGGAAAUUAGCGGAAGAAUCGAGAAGGAAGAGGGAAGCUGAGGAAGAAGCUGCUGAGAGAGCGCGAAGGAACAGGCUGGGGUUACCUGAGCUGCCUCCUCGGUCUACUGCUAGGAGCGAAUCAGGCACGCCAGUACCGGAGGAUGAAGAUAUCAAUGAUGAAGAAUUGAUUACGAAAUUGAGAGAAAUGAAUGAGCCAGCGACACUAUUCGGAGAAACGCAUAAAUCUCGACUGAAACGAUAUCGAAAACUAGUCCAACGCUCACUUACACCCCAACUCUCCUCUGGUCCUAUCCCAACGAGCCUCGAACUAGUCCCGGAGAAAGAGAUGAAAAUCCCUUCCAAAAUACCCAAGGAUAUAGAUCCCGACGCCAAAAAGUUUCUUUUCAGACAACUCGCCUCGUAUUUCACCAUGUUACUGGAAGAAUGGGCCAUUGCGCUCGCAAAACGAGAUACAUCCGUGAAGGAGAGUUUUGCGGGUCGUCAGGCGUACAAUGCCAUGAUUCAAAGUCGGGAUAAUAUGAGGCCUUUGUUCAAGAAGUUUGAGUCGGGAGAUAUUGAUCAUACGGUGCUGGAAGCUAUUGUGGAGAUUGUGCAUUGUGCGCAGGAGAGAAGAUAUGUUGAUGCGAAUGAUGGUUACUUGAGGCUGAGUAUUGGAAAAGCGGCGUGGCCAAUCGGUGUGACCAUGGUGGGUAUCCAUGAACGUUCGGCAAGAGAAAAACUUCACGAAAGCGAUAAUAAAGCGCAUAUCAUGUCCGAUGAAGUUACGCGGAAAUAUUUACAAAGUAUAAAGCGGUGCUUGAGCUUUGCGCAGGUGCGCUGGCCGCCGGAUGAUCAGUUGCAGUUGAUGGGUUAG